AUAUGGAUCCACAACAAAUUCUGCACCACUCCCACCAAGCGCUCACAAGAUUCUUCCGCAAGGAUUUGGAGAAUUUAAUCGUCGUCACGAGCGCCUGGGACCGUGCUGCACUCUGCCACAACUCGAACUGGUCACAGUACAACCAGAACCCGGUGCUGCCCCUGCCCCAAGACAACGUCGAGGACCUAAUGUCUAUAAUGAAAUACACCCGCGACGCUUACCAAAGCCAGUACCUGUUCGACUCCACAGUGUACACCAUCGAGUCGCUGAAUGUGGAGGAAAUGACAGACACGGAUAUUGAGCUGUUGCUUUGCAACGCCUAGAAGGAGCUCCUGCAGGUUUUCCAGGACUAUGACUACGCUGUAGAAGUUCCGGAAUUCCUGCGGGCUGCCCUUAAGCUUAAUUUGUCGUAUUAUACUUUUAGAAAAAUGUACGGAAUAUUAGAGGAAAAAACAUUUGAGACUGAGGAAUCAAUUAUCAUAGUUGAGAAAGGAAUAGUACAGGGUAUUGAAAUUAUCUAUGAUGUUCUUCCUGAACUAGCCGAACGCUUGGAUUUGGGCCUCAGAGCUAUGAUAUUUGAGGUGGUUCAGGGACAGUGGCGCUUGCUAGACAUCCACCAGCUAAGACAGUUACGUGAGCACUCGUUACUCGCCGCGGCCACACAUCGCCAUCUUGCUCUCUACUCCGAAGAAGUGUCGCAGUUGCCUCGUUUCUGCGCCUCGGAAAUAAUGUGGAGCAACGGAGCCGUGCCAUUACUAAGUCUGAGGAUGUCGGGACGGGGCCUGGCGCGCUACGGCACGAUGAUAGACGGCGUAGAUUAUUUCAAGAUCCACAGCUUCCGUCUGUUAAUGCCGCCACUCGAGUUGAUGUUUCUAUGGAACCUCUCGGCGGCGAUAUCUGGAGACCCGCGCAUAACAAUGUUCUUGUUGAAGUUGAUGAAGGAAGUGGUCAGAGAAUUUGAAGAGGAGAGGGACACCUGGAUACCUUAUGGAUCUGAGGGCAACAACAUCGUCAACGUCAUGUACGCGUACGGCUGCUGCUUGAGCGCUAUUGGCAACACGCUCGACGCCCUCACCUUCCUCCAAGACGUCAUCAACCUCAAGGACUACAUAACAGAGGAUCAUUUCCUGAUACCGUUCGCAAUGUUGGAGUUGGCGAUGUGUCACCACGCCCUGGGUGAAACUGAUACAGCUCAAGAAAUUUUAAAAGAUGUCAAGAACGAAUACUUCUCUGAUUCCGAUCGUAUACGGUUCUUAUACCGUUUGUAUUACAAGAUUAUCGUCAACGAAGAUGAUGCUCCUCCUGCUGCUCCGAACAGCGAUUAAAUUAAGCACCUUAGUAUCUCUAUUGCAGUACCACAAAAUGUGUACUGCAAUCAAAAUAUCAGUAUAAAAUCAACGCACAAGGACGUUUAUUUCCUAUCCAAUUCAGUCAAAUGUUUUUUUCCUCAUAAUAUUUGUGUCGAAAACUCAAAGUUAGUGUUAACUGUAGUGUUAAAACUUAUAGCGUCAUGCUAAAUUAUAGCUUUUAAGUGACUGAUGCACGAUUAUCCUAUGUAAGUGGGAAGUGAAUUUAAUUUAUACCUUCAGCAUUGACUGAAGAGCACAUUAAAUACUCUGUGAACAUCAAUAGUGAUUAGUGUUGAUAAGGGAAGUGUAAGUCAGACUUAACGACAGUGCCACCGGCCUGUAUCUCACGUUAUUUUAAAUUAUAAUAUCUAACAGUUUAGGUUAUUGUGUAAGGGCACUAAGUACUUGUGUACUUAAAAAAAAACUUUUAUUUGUGUGCCAAA